GGAAUGGUUUGCCUAAGGAUGGAGAAGUAUGCCGGGGCUGGUCAGUGGUAAAUCACUCACCCAAGUCACGUCUGAUGGUUUUAAGGGCAAAGUGGAACUGAAGACGCCAUGCUGUCCUGGCUCUGCUGUGAAGAACUAGGGAGAGACUGAAGUCAGGAUGGCGUAUAUACAGGACAGUUGGAACCCAUCAAUGAGGGGCUCCUGUCCAAGCUGUCCAACUUCCUGCUGUGUCGCUGGACGUGCCAAGCCUGCUGCCAGUCAUGCUGGGAGUGCAGCUGCUGCCAGCCCAGCGACGAGGAGGUGGAGAUCCUGGGACCCUUCCCUGCACAGACCCCCACCUGGCUAGUCAAUGACAAGAAUGAAGAUAAGGAUGGGGACUCAGAUAAGGAUGGGGACAACAACACAGCAACUGAUCCACCAAUGACACCCCAGGAUGCCUCACCGGACUGCCGGAGAUCCAGCUCUGACACCUCCCGCUCCACCUACAGCCUCACACGCAGAGUCUCUAGUCUGGAGUCUCGGAGGCCAAGCUCCCCCCUGAUUGACAUCAAGCCCAUUGAGUUCUGGGCCAUGGGCUCCAAGAAAGAGGCAGUCCAGCCCGCAGUGCUGCGCAAGCCCUACGUGCCAGCGGACGAUUACUUCCACAAGUUCGAGCCGCGGCUGUACUCGGUGGACUCGAGCAGCGACGACGUGGACUCCCUAACCGACGAGGAGAUCCUGUCACGCUACCAGCUGGGCAUGCUGCACUUCAGCACGCAGUAUGACCUCCUGCACAACCACCUGACGGUGCGCGUCAUCGAGGCCCGCGACCUGCCCCCACCCCUGGCCUGCGACAGCUCACGCCAGGACAUGGCCCACUCCAACCCCUAUGUCAAGAUGAGCCUGCUGCCCGACCAGAAGAACUCCCGGCAGACCGGUGUCAAGCGCAAGACGCAGAACCCCGUCUUCGAGGAGCGCUACACCUUCGACAUCCCCUUCCUGGAGGCCCAGCGGCGCACCCUGCUGUUCUCCGUCGUCGACUUCGACAAGUUCUCCCGACACUGCGUCAUCGGCAAGGUGGCCAUGUCCCUGUGCGACGUUGACCUGGUCAGAGGAGGGCACUGGUGGAAGGCACUGGUUCCCAGUUCACAAAAUGAGGUGGAGCUGGGGGAGUUGUUGCUGUCUCUCAACUACCUGCCCAGCGCUGGGAGGCUCAACGUGGACAUCAUCCGAGCCAAGCAGCUGCUGCAGACCGACAUGAGCCAGGGAUCAGACCCCUUUGUGAAGAUCCAGCUGGUGACGGGGCUCAAGCUGGUGAAGACCAAGAAGACCUCAUGCAUGCGGGGCACCAUCGACCCCUUCUUCAAUGAGUCCUUCAGCUUCCGGGUCACACAGGAUGACCUGCAGGAUGCCAGCCUGGUCUUUACAGUUUACGGCCACAACAUGAAGAGCAGCAAUGACUUUGUGGGGCGCAUUGUGAUUGGCCAGUACUCGACGGGCCCCCCUGAGUCCAGCCACUGGCGCCACCUGCUGACAUCACACCGCACUCCCGUGGAGCAGUGGCACAGUCUGCGGUCCCGGGCAGAGUGUGACCGCGUGUCCCCGGCUUCGCUUGAGGUCACGUGAUCACUGGGGGGCUCCAGGGAGAGGGAGAGAGAGAGAGAGAGAGAGAGAGAGAGAGAGAGAGAGAGAGAGAGAGAGAGAGAGAGAGAGAGUGGGGUGUAUGGUCUGCCACUGUUCUACAGUUGGAGAUAGAGAUGUGCUCACCUAUGUGAGCUACCCUUGGAUAGACAAAAUUAUCUAUUGUGCUAAAUCUGCAUUCUCUUUGGGUGUUUUUUUCAUUCAUUUCAGUAAGGUGUAAUUCAUUAAAUGUCCAGCAGGUGGAGUUGGUGGAUAUACUGUGCAGGGUGAAGUCAGUUGGCCAUUUUGAAAUGCUGUUGCGGAAUCACAACAUCAAAGCUUAACCAGCUACCCGUCAUGACAGUACUGUGAGAGUCUGUUUUUAAUUUUCUCUCCUUAAGACGAAUGUUAAGCAGUUAAUUUAAAAACAGACAUCAGCUACAUCACACUCCAUGAUAUGUAGACUAUUGUUGUCCAUUGAUGGCUCCACCUGCUUCACAAGUUUAACCUGUUGACCAGCAUGGUUAGUUCUGGAUGGAUGGGAGGUAAGCUAUGCAGAUUUAAAGAGCCUCACACAGAUGAGAGUGAAAUGAUCUGCACUAGCAUACUGUUAAUAUCAGGUCAGCUCAUAUCUAUCUGGAGCCAAAGCUUAGUGAAUUCAACCCAGAGAGAAUGAACGUGUGGAGUGGAAGAGUGUGAGAGAGUGAAAUAGGGAGAGAGAGUGAGACUGUAACUGCAGCUACAACCCCACCUCCCAUCUCUCCCCCACCCGCUCAAUAAAACAAGCUGCAUACCUGCAUACCUCACUGGACAGCCUUGUGCAUGUCAUGUGUCUGUGCGUCUGUCUGUGUGGCAGAUCCUUCUCUCCAUGUAAACUCAAUGGGAUUAAAAAACAAACACCAAUCAGAACCCGCGGGACAAGCCUGUCGCCGGGUAGAAAUCAGUGUUGGUGUGCGACUGAAACGUUGUUAGUGAUGUACAGAGUUUGUAUGUAGCGUGGAUGUGUGUUUCUAUACUGUGUUUUGUUCACACCGAGAUUUCAUCACAACCCCAAACCCCCACACCGCCCUGCUACAUAAACACACACAUAUCCACAAACAUAUAUAUAUACACUUGUUAGCAUAUACACCAAACUGCGCACACACACACACACAUUUUAUCACGAAGACUCACUCACUAAGACACAGAGCAGCCCAGGUACAUAGACAUAGAAACAGUAAGAAACCUUCAAUAAGACCAUCAACUCCUUAACAGUUCUCACAUGCUGCUACUGCUCAACCUCAUUUUUGUCCUGUAAAUAAUGUGCUUGUAUUUUAUCUUUUGUGAUCACCUUAAAUGGAGGAUGGUGGGAAAUGUAGUUUAAUUUAGAAAAAAAACUACAGCUUCCACAGUGCCUUUCUGCAGUGGAGAAAGUUUGUUGCCUUCAAAGGUGGCAGAGGAAGGAGAAUCCCUUUAAAAAAUGUAUCCACAGUGUAAUUUUCAUUAGGCUUGAAAGGUGACAUGCUUUACCAUGUACAGGUUCUAACCCUGUCAUUGAUUAUCUGGUUAAUGGUUUGUGUCAUCAUUCUCUCUUGUGUCCUAUUGAGGACUGUCGUGGUCACCUAUAACCAUGCUAUGGCAAUAGGUCAUGUUUUUCUUCCAGCAGAAUAUGUUAAAGAGAUUAACGUUUUACACUCGCAAAACAUGUCUUGUGGCUCUAGCUUGGCUUACCUAAACAAGGUGUGCACUUGAGGCUUUCUCAUAGCAAUACAGGUCAGAGAUGGCUGAGCUUCUUCCCGUCAAAGGAAUAGCGAUGAAAUCUCUCAAGCGCUGCUUCAGUGUCAGUGUGUCCUCCUCCUUCCUUUUGCAGAUGUUCUCGUCUUUGGGUUUGACUGUCCUCAGCUCCCUACUAAAUGCUGCAACAGGAUAAUGCAAUCUAUUCACAGCGUGUACUUUCACUGCAGUUGCACAGCAGGAGUGGAAGAGAUUCCAAAAGAUCCCACUAGGGUUUAAAGGAAGUCAGGGAGCCAGUGUGCUGUGUCCCUCUACUGGUGUACAGGGAUUUCUCACUGUUGUUUGUUUUAAUGUACAGCACACCAUGGCUGUCACAGUAUGCCUGUUUGAGUCUAAUACAGUGUGACCUUGGUCCUGAGUACUCCCAUGUCUUUAGCCACAAUGAGAUUGUAUUUAUGUAUCUUCAUGUUAUAUCACUUCUCAAUCACAGUAACAUAGUUAAGUGAAAAAAGAAGCUUUUCCUACCAGUAAAACAGCAGAGAAUGUUUAAUUGGAAUGGGGUGCUGAACACUAGCUUCAUUGUUUUCUCUGAACCCCCUUUCAAAAUCCAGUAAUAUACAGGGGUUAUCAACAUUUUCGCAUCAUAGGGAAGGCUGUAUGUUCAAACUGGGACCCCAAAGCCAUCACAUUUUUACUUCAGGUGCAAUUAGGACAUUUUGUCAAAAAGGUGCUCUAACCCACCACCUAGCACCCUAUGAUGCUUGACUUGAUAGAUUUGACCCUGUGAUACUAUUAGUAUCAAUAUUGUUAUUGUGUGUCAUAACUUUCUAUCAUACUGUUGUAAGAGGCUGUUAUUCCAGUUUUGCCAAACUAUGACCUUUUGAACUGUUACCUGGUGUCUGUGUGACCAUCGCUACUGAAUUGAGAAAACGUGCUGUCAGAACCUUUGUUUCGUGUUUCCACGGUGAUAGGAUACAGAAUAAUACUGAAAGGCCUCUUUACCCAUGGUGACUUCACAGCAGUUAAUUACUUUCAAUGGGUUGCAGGCCACUGGUGGUGUAUCUCAAAUCAGCCAUUUGCCUGAGUGCACCUUGGCUGUUGAUUGGGUAGCCAAGAGGUGCUGAUCUCUGCGAAGUGUGGCUGUUUUGGAUACUGCAGACCCCUAGGGUUUAAACUAGUUACUGGGAUUAGAGCCUCACAAUCAAGCUAUUGUAAGCAACUGGUUGCUGUGAAAUCAACCCAGUGUCUAAAGCCAUUGAAAUACGAGACAACUUUCAGUCAACUCACAAUAUCGGAACAGUCCUUAUUUGAGCUACUUAGUGAAAAUUGCUUAAGAAAGUUACCUAGGAGCAGUUGAAUAGCAAGUUGUCAGAAGGAGCUGUCUGACAGUUGCCUCGUGAUUGAUGGGCUUUGAAGCCACAGUGGUGUGAGUGCCGGGGCCUGGCCCUGGGUCUAAAAGUAUCGAAUCAGGACAAUUCCCUGCUGCCCUCCAGCUCGUUCUCCUUAUUCAGGCAAGCAGGCUAGUUUACUGUCUUCUGUGUCUCUAGGUCAGAAGCUUCUGUACGUUCUCACAGCAUAUUGUCUGGUAUAAAGUGUAUAUUUAUUGAUAAUAAAGAUUAUAUAUUGGUUCCAUGCAUACCGCUCUGCUGAGGACAAGCACAGCAGUCUUGUCUCUUUGUCUGAAGUCUUGCCUUCUUUCAGCUGUGGAUCCAAUAGGAUGAAUCGCCUCUUUCACCCGCCAUAUUAGACAUGAAGCUCACACUUUAUAUACCAAAACAUUUUUCUAAGAAAGUGUUUUCAUAAGUAAGUAAUGAUAAUUUGUGUAAUUGAUGUUAAAAUAGCUCCAAAACCAAGCCUGUCCCUUAAAAUGAAUGGACAGGUCGAGGACUGAACCCCUGCCCCUUUGAAGCUGGGACUGAAUGAGAGCAUGUGAGCCCCCCAGAUGCUACUCUUCUGCUCCCCCCACGCCCUUAGCCCCCUGUAGUGAACAGGAAGUAUUGAAAGCUGGAGUGAGCAAGCCUGUUUAUCUCCCUGAGGAAGAGCUAAAUAAAUGUAGUGCCUUAUACUCUAUUAGCUUUCAAUUACUUUUAACCUGUGUCGUUACACUGAAGAAGACAUUAGCCAACAUGUUUGUCUUCUUGGUCUCGUUUCUCGCGGUUCUUAAUUAAAACAAACUAAAUAAAAUUGUGCUUCUGUUACUUGUGAUUCUCAGGUCAAUUCAUCUCAGCAAUUGCCUUCGGGGUCAAAGCAUGUCACUAAGUUGCAAAGCAUGUCAGUCAUUAGGGGAGGCAGCUGGGUGCUUAUUGACUGGAAAUUAGGCAUUGAAGUAGUGGAGAAAGAAUUUCAGGUGACCUAGGAAACAAGUAUAACAGAAUACCUGAACGUAAGGCAUACAAACGGAAAAUAAACCUGCACAUGUGAGACUUUGCAUAGCAACUGAAAGUGCACAAUCAUAUGGUUUAUGGGAUUAUUUUAAUACACAGUAUAUAACUCCUUUUCAGUAAAAGUCCCUAGCAUGGCUUUUGUUGUUUCUGAAUCUCUGUGCAGACUUACAGAGGCAUUCAAAAAAUAACAACUAGUAUUAUAUACAC